CUGGAUUUCUAUCCUCUCUUGCAUUUCCAUCUUUCUCUCUUCCCCCAUCCUGCCACCCCGCCCCUCGCCAUGCCCAGGCCUACCCUCAUACAAUCCGUCUUUCGCAAACCAUCCCGCUCUUACGCAGACCCCAACGCGCCCUCCCCCUGGUCCGACACCUACGACUACGACGACGACCACCAACAACCAUCCUAUUAUCCUUCCGCCCACUCCUACCGGCAGUACCCUCGGCGGCCCUCAUCGACGCUCUCAGCCGUCAGUGAGGAUGCAGGGAUUCACAGGACCAGAUAUCAGAAACCCUCGAGAAGGGCAGACGGAUUCGUUACGCUUCGCAAUGGAGAGACGGUAUUUGCCCCCGGCGGGUCACAUAGAGAAACCACUUCCGAGAUCAGCCCAGCAAGGCCGUUCUCCCCAAUACAGUCGCUCCCAAUAGCACCCCCAAGUGGUCAAACCAUUAAGAAGAAGAAGAAGAAGGUUCAUGCCUCCAGUAUAAGUUCCCAGAUAGCCGGGAGUGAGGCUGGCAGUAUCGCAAAAGGCGAUACGCCUCGGAAGAAGAGGAAACCAAAGGCAACGACAUCACCCGCCUCCCCAACGUCAAUCACACCCCCUUUACCCCCUCCACCUCCUAUCCACUCAAGAUUCAGUGAGACAUCGUCUUCCGCCUCAUCUUCGCCGGUCCCCAUCUCUCCCGUCACUCGUAGACAUUUUGCGCCUUCCGUUCCGCUUGAGGCAGGAAUCAACAAAGUAGUAGGGCCGGAACGAAUACAAGUGAAGCCGGAGAGGCCUGCUAUCGCGGCCUUGACCAAGUCAAAAUCCGUGUCACCAACAGCGCCGCUGUUGACCCCUCCAGCGUCUGAACGAUCAACUCCGAGCUCGUCUUCCCAAUCUCCCGCGCAAAGUAGGCUGGUUUCAGUGCCGCCAGCGGUUUCCGCUGUAGAAGAUCAGACCAGGUAUGUGACACAAAGACAGCCGAAGGCGAGUGCAAGGCCAUUGAGUAUACGGACGACAGAGUCAGACACCGACGACGAAGUCUUCUAUACCCCAAGCUCGUCCAUCGCCGACCUGAAUAACUCUCUAGCUGUGGAGGAGGAAAGCUCGGAUGAUAUGGCUACCCCAAAGCCCCCGCGGCCGAAAGCGUCUGCACCCAUCCUGAACGUUCUUCCUCCUACACCUGCCCCGAUUCCUGACCCUCCUAUAUCGCCGUUUGAGUCCACUUUAAUAUGUUCUCCGUCAAUUGCCACAUCCAUUGAGCCUGUUGCGCGCCCCAAAGCCGCUCCCAUCCGUCCAUCGGAACAGAUGGUGACGCCACCUCCAUGCAAAGACGAGGCAGACUUUCAAAGUGAUUCAGGAGAAAUGGGAUCAGACAGGGAAGAAUAUCUAGAGCGCCAUGGUCUGAGGCCAAAAUCUAAACUUUCUCACAAUCGCUCGCGCUCGCAAGCCUCUUCUGUAGUCCGAUCAUCCAGCCGUCUAGGGUCGAACAACAACUCGCCUUCCCUGUUUCGCUCAACCACAUCGCGCCACGUAUCGCAAUCCUCCUUCGAGGGAACUAGCCGCGCGACUUCAGAAGUCUCGUUCAGCAGUGCCCGGGAAGGUGGCGGCGGUAGCACGCGAGGGAGUGUCAAAGGCGGGUACGGCAAAGGGGGCUGGGCAGCGGCAGCAGCGAGCGCCAAUGGAGGCAGGUCCGGGGCAACAUCGCCGAUCAUGUAUCUUCCGGAAAAAGGCACGGGGUGGGAAGACUUCCAACCUCCCAUGCCUGUUUUGGCACCUCCGGCGGCCGUACCGCCUCCAAGGCAGUCCAAGUUCACUCCUCUUCCUCCUGCUUCGACGCCGUCGUUUGACAGAAUCCUUGUCGAUACGUCGAACGUCAGCAAUUCUGUCACCGCGCCUUCCAACGACUCAAACCCCUUCAGAGAACACAGUGUUGGCCUACAGGUUCCCAGUAGGAGUAGCCCGGACUCGUUGUCGUCGCCAAGCGAGUACUCACAAGCUUCUUAUGGCUCGAGCGGGCUGCCUAUUCCUAGCCGAUCAUAUGUGCAGCAGGCAAAUACUGCACGGACCGGCCAGAGCAGCAGAAGCUUGGAGCCCGAGAUGCCUGCUUCAUUCCCUAUCCGCACCCAAUCUCCUCUUCCUUCUUUGCCCGGACGACUCCCCUCUUCACCUUCAAUACGUCCUGUAUCGCCCUUACCCUCUGAGACAUCCCAGGCCUUCGCUUCGCGCCCCACUUCGCCUUAUCCCAGUAUGCUUCGCCCCACGACUCCCCGAGCUGGCUUCCAGCCUCCUUCGUCUCUGGACCCGGACAUCCUCACCAUAUUACCCGAAAUGACACCCCAGGAUUCCGAGAGGUUAUAUCAGCCUACGGAAAAUCUCAACGGAGCCCAGCGAAGCCGGUCCAGGUUGUCUCUGCAUGAAGGCGCGCUUGCAAGAAGGUCCAGCAUGUUCAAAGCGAAGAGCGAACUCGGACAUUCCAGGCCAGGCAGUGCUGCGACAAAUAACGAAGCUGGAGAAGAAGAGGAUGCUCUGGGUGACCUUCCCACGCCAGGAGUCAUCAGACGUUCAAAAAGCGUCAUCGGUGGCAAGUUGGGUGGCAGUUCACAGAAAUGGGAGGGCAGCUCGUAUGGUGAUGGGGGUGUAUUGAUGGAAUCGCAUGGAAGAGAUCAGGACGGCACAGGUGGCUACACUAAUUUGGUUCUCCCUUCGGGAGCGUAUCGCCCUUCACACCCAUCCAAGAAUGCUCCGAGCCUUGACUCUCGCAUCCUAGGUUUACCCCACUCUACCAUGGCUUCCAUAAGUCUCACGACGACCAGAGAUCACUACCAAGCGACCCCUCUGCAUCUUCGUGCUCAACUACCGCCUCUUGUGGACUUUACAUCUCACAUGAAGCCUCCUGUAAGCUCGAAAGUGGGCAAAGGCCAAGUAAUGGUCCAGGUCUAUGCUGUGGCUGUGGAUGAGUUUGAUCUUAGGACUUUGGAUGAGAAAGGGAAAUGUGACGUUGGGAAGUGGGUUCCAGGAAGGAGCUAUGUUGGUAGAGCGUUGGUCGUUGGUGCGGAUGAGAAAGAGAUCGUCCGGGGCGAUAUCGUCAUGGGGAUCCAGGACAUCCGAAAGGUAAGUGCUCGUCGCGUAGUGGACGCUUUGAGACAUGCUCAUUGCUUUCCACAGAGCGGUUCUCUGGCCGAGUACAUCACUGUCGACCGUCGUCACAUCUCCCGCGCACCCUUCCCUACCCAGUUGACUUUGGAGCAACUGGCGGUCCUUCCUUUACAAGGCAUUGCCGCAGCACGUUCUGUCAUGGGAUCCCUCUCGCGUACCUCACGUGCUAUCAUCCUCAAUGCACAUACGGGGAUCGCGGCUCUCGUGUGUCAAGAAAUGUCUCGAGCUGGUGUGCACGUCACUGUGAUUAUUCCUGGUGGAGAGGACGCACAAGAAAACCAUCAGAGGUGCUACGACAACGGGGCGAAGGGCGUUUUGACAGGUUCACCAGCUGCAGUGUUGAUCAACUUGGAGGAAGGCGGGUAUGACUUUGUGUUCGAUACGCAAGGAGGGGCGAGAAUCUACGAAACGGCGAGAAGGGUAUUAAAGGACGGCGGCAAACUCGUGACCACCAAGCAGCCGGAGCAAACACUCAGACAUGUCCCUCCUCAUUUGACGACGCGACCGUCCGGGCUCAAAACGCUUCGCAUGGCCUUCUCAAGUAAAAGGAAAGAUUCCAAGUUCAUCGAUCUCUCCUACAUCCCUCCCACGGCUUGUGGCGAGCCGGAGGUCGAUAGUUCCGGAUUGGAUUUGAGAGACGUGAUGGAGGAGCCUUGCAUGGCGAUUUUCAAGCCGUUUCUAGAUAACGGGGGUGGGGAUGGGGGACCCGCUAUUCUUCCGUUCGAAAAAGGCAGAGAAGCCUUCAGAUAUGGAGGCUGGGGCGAAUGUGGCGUUAGAGUCGUGAGACUCAUCAAUUGAAUGUCAGACCUGAAUUUGUUUGUGCUACUGUACUCUUGCCCUGGUCGUCUCUUUGUAUCUGCAAAAGACUCAAUAUAAUUGCUAGUGAACCAAUAUAUAAUGAUACACGCACAAGUCAUGAUUAUGCAUU